GAUUGUGCGAGCCCUUGGUCACGCGCGCGCGCCCCCACCUCGCAAUUGGGGAGCUAUCCAGCAAGCGUUUCAAAGUAGUCUCCUUACCCGGCUAGAGCUGUCUGUUGUCUCUCCAGGAAUGAGAAGUGAUGGCUGUCUCCGCCAGCGAGGAGAAAACCUUCCGAAGGUUCUUGGAGCUCUUCCUCCGAGAAGUGAGAGGACCACUCCAGGACGACGAACCUCUACCCAUGCGCCCCUUGUCGGACCUGGUCUCGGAGGACGAAGUAGAAGGGGAAUGCCUCGACCUGUGUCUCCAGCACCUGUGCAAAUAUAACUGCCCCUUCUCCCUGGCGGCUGGCCUGGCCCGCGCCACUGCCGAUGACAUCCUGCAGGGCGACCUGUCCGUCUAUCACCUCAACAAGACGGUGGAGGAAGGCACCGACCCUUUCCCCCAGCUGGAAUCAGUGAAGCUGGCUCGGCUGGUCUUCAACAAACUCUGCGAGACCUGCUGCCUGUGGCUGAAGGACUUCCCUCAUCGCCGCCGGCAACACCGUUACUACGAGACCUCCAUCCACGCCAUCAAGAACAUGCGACGCAAGAUGGAGGACAAACACGUCGUGAUCCCCGACUUCAACACGCUCUUCAACCUGCAGGACCAAGAGGAGCAGGCCUACUUCGCCGUGUUCGACGGGCACGGGGGCGUGGACGCCGCCAUCUAUGCCGCCAACCAACUGCACGUCAACCUGGUGCGGCAGGAGAUGUUCAGCCAGGACCCCGGGGAGGCCCUGUACCGCGCCUUCAAGCUGACGGACGAGCGCUUCGUGCAGAAGGCCUCGCGCGAGCACCUGCGGUGUGGCACCACGGGGGUGGUGACCUUCCUGAGGGGCACCACGCUGCAUGUGGCCUGGCUGGGGGACUCCCAGGUCAUGCUGGUCCGGAGAGGGCAGGCUGUGGAGCUGAUGAAGCCACACAAGCCUGACCGAGAGGAUGAGAAGCAGCGCAUAGAAGCGCUGGGCGGCUGCGUGAUCUGGUUCGGCACCUGGAGAGUCAACGGGAGCCUGUCGGUGUCCAGAGCAAUAGGCGACUCGGAGCACAAGCCCUACAUCUGCGGCGACGCCGACCACAGCCGCUUCCCGCUGGACGGCACAGAGGACUACCUGAUCCUGGCGUGCGACGGCUUCUACGACACGGUGAGCCCGGACGAGGCGGUGCGCGUGGUGAGCGACCACCUGCAGGAGAACAGCGGCGACAGCACCAUGGUGGCACACAAGCUGGUGGCGUCCGCCCGCGACGCCGGCUCCAGCGACAACAUCACCGUCAUCGUGGUGUUCCUGCGGGACCCGCGCGCCCCGCCGGCGACGCCCGAGGACGGCGAGGAGGAGGAGGGCGAGAGAGAGGAGGAGGCGGCCGACGGGCGGGCCGAGGAGGCGGAGGAGGACGGGGAAGAGGAGGAGGAGGAAGAGGUGGAGGCCCCGCAGGGCGAGCGGGGCUGCCAGGACGGCGGCACGGACGUCGGGGGCAAAGGUCGGGGGUCGUGGCCCCUGCAGCAGUGCUCGGCGCCGGCCGACCUGGGCUACGAAGACCGCAUGGACUCCUUUACCGACAGAACUAGCCUGAGCCUGCAGGGGCCCAGCCUGGCGUCAGAGGAGAGUCGGCUACGGCUGCCCCCGCCCGCGCACCCGCCCAAAACCCUAGCCCCCGGCCCUGCCCACGCGCCCGCCAGGGGACCCGGUGCGGCCUGGCGUCCCCCCCGAGAAGAAGGAGAGCGCCCCGCCCACAGGCACGGCUCCCCGGGGCCCGAACCGCUCGUGCCCUCCUGCCGGCAGAGGCCCCGCCCGGAGGGACACUGGCCGGAGGCGGCGGCCCUGUUCUCCCGCGGACGGAGGCCCCGGCGCGGGGCGGAGGGCGGGUCCCCGCGGUGGGGGCCCCGUCCGGGGCGCGGGGGCCUCAGGGAGCCCUGCGGCCUCCCGCGCGGGUCCCGCCUCGCGCCCUACCCCUGCCGCCGCCCCGAGAGGAGGGCGGGCGUGGCCGCGGCCCGGGUGUCCCAGAGCAGCAGUGACUGACGCGGCUGCCCCGCCCCCCUGCCGUCCCCGCCCCCCUCAUCCCUUACAGAAAACCACACAUCCCACACACCACUGGGUCUGAGCCCCACACUCCCAGCUCCACUCACACCUUAAUCUGGCCUAAUCUGUGAUGCCCCCCCGCUCUGUGAUAUGGUAAACCCCUAAUCUGUGAUACCCCCUGCUUCUCAGUCAGAAUGCUCCAUGUAACUCCUCCUCAGUACCUCUAUAGCAGCUGUACUGUGAGUGUGCGAUGGAGGCGUAAAGGAUGUUUCCUUACUUAUCGCCUCCACUCUUCUCAAUAUAUGCUUGUAAGACUAAUAUUAGCAAGUCUUUUGUCUGUAUAAAUUCAACACGUAGGCACCCAGUAUGCAUUUAGGUAAGAUACAGUACAGGACACUGGCGUCCACAGGUUGGAGGUUUUACGUGACUAAGCGCUCACGUCAAACCCCAGACCAAUAAAAAAGCUUUAUAAAGAGCAACGAGGUUACAGACACAGAAAGCCGGAGGGGACUCAAAGCGACGUGAGAAUCAAAAUGGAGCCUUGCACUCUCCUCGCCCGCCUCGAGUCCGUUCUCGGCGCGAGCGUCGCGUCGAAGUGCCCGAGUUGCCGUGACGUCACCACCGGAUCAGCCCGAAGCUGAGUCGAGCGAGGCAGCUGAGUCAUACCGGCAGAGCUAUGUGCCUUUCCGUAAUGACCCUGACGUAAAGGAGGGGGCUUCAGCUCGCCACAGAGGCCAUACUUGACGGUAGAAGGUAUACCUUGAGAUGAGCGAGCAAGGGAUACCGUUGAAUAAGUACGCCUUUCCCUCGUUCGUCGAAUCAUUCAUACACAGGACCGAGAGUCCUCAGCUCACGGUAGUGAUAGAGAGCUCCAGUCCAACGCAAUGUAGACGGUCGCAACGCACCGCGGUGUCCCGAUGUCGCUCGCGGACAACCGUUUAAAUAUGGCUGCUUAAUAUCCCUGCCUACGGAGCUGUAACCUUAUAUAACCAAACAAGCCACAAGGAAAACUGAGAAAAGAAGGUUCACUGGCUCUGAACCCUGUUCUUGUUUUCUGGUAUUAGUGACACCAUUUAGCCAUCUGUGGUGGAAUUGGAAAGUGUUAUCUGUUUCUGACUAGCUGCGUUUGCAGUUGAGGUAGUCGAAACUGAUAUAGGGGCAGUGGCUCAAAAGUUCUGUUAACGGUGCCUCCACUGUCCUACCACCAGAUUUAAUGCCGUUGGGCCCCUCCUCCAACUCCCUGUUGGGUUUAUGGUGGAUUUGCCAUACGCCCAUGAACGUAAACAAGCGGAUCUCUAGGUCAGCUGGAAUUCAUUGACUUGUUAAACCAAGCAAGAGGUCAGAUUGGAGAGAGGGAGGACAUCUCCGUUCUCCUCCUCCACCCUGCUCCGCCCCCUUGCUGCCUGCCCCACCCCCCGCUCCUCCCCCAGGAUUCGCACUGGCUGCCACACUGUGCCAUUUUGCCCAAACCCCCAACCCACCCCCCUCAAAGCUGGCGCCAGUGGCCGAGGUAAGGGAGGGAGGAGCAGCAGGCUUGGGUGAGCGGGGCCUCAAAAGGCCUGUGGUCCCAGUGACGCUCAGAUCGCCCAUGCCAAGGAGCACCACCUCCGGAGGGGUGAGGGGUGGGGGGUCACUGCAGUGUUCGCCCGCGGCCCCCCGGGACUGGUGCGUUUGUAGCUGACUGACUUUCGCGUGUUGAGCCCGCUGAGGGGGGACGGAGGGAAGUCAGAGGGGAUUGCUGUGCAGCACGCCAACUCCAGAGGAAUGUCUGAAGUUCUAGAAUGUACGCGGGCCAAAUUCUUCUCGCGGAGCGUCAUCAUCGACGGAGGCAUGGAAUCAGAGCAGCAGCAGCGGCGGCUUCUGUGAUUUUUCUCGUCCCCCCCCCCCCGAUGCUCACUGCCAGGAGGUCUGAGGCGUACGGAAUGUAACUGCAUUCAUUCUCCAAAGACUGAGGAGAGCUUCCUCCUAGCAUUCAGACCCCUCCCCCUGCCCCUCCCCGCCACAUACAGUGUAAACGUAACCCAGGAAACAGCCCUCGGAUCUCCCCGGAGACGGAGCGGCCGGCUUUUGGAGGCUGGCUGUGGAGGACUGUACCUGGCCUGACUGGAGAGUGCUGGACAGGUGGUCCAGUCUUCUGCAGGUGAGAGUGGUGCUGGAUCCCGGCUGCGUGGACUGUAACCCCAGGUGCGCCCCAGAGGACUGCUGGGCCCUUUUUCCUGCCGAAACGCGCAUGAAAGUGGUGUACCCCCUCCCCGUAAUCCCCUGGCCUUCGCCCUCUCACCACGUCUUAUUCGGGAGCCGUUAACGAGCUCCUGGGACUACAUUACCCACACACCCCUCCUCCACCACCACCACCACCACCACCACCACUUCACAUGGGGUAACUAAUGUAUACUGGAAUUCUAUAAGUAAUUACACAUAUAUUUAAUUGUACGUGAGGGUGUGUAGGUAUGUGCGUGCGUGCGCGUGCGUGUGCGUGCGUUCCGGGUGUGUGCAUGUGGUCUGUCCGAGUCCGAUAUUUUAAAAAUGAACACUGUAAAUUCUGCAGGACAAACGGCACAUUAGUCUGUGAAUCUUUCACGCACCGUCCCUCUGCACUGUGUGGUUACUUCCCCGCCCCUGGAGCACUGCUGAGUCUGAGGGGGCCUGACCGUGGGGCCACAGGGGGCCCUGAGUCUGAGGGGCCACAGGUCCUGCUCUAACGCCCAAAGGGCCACAGUAUUGUGAUCCUGUGGAGGAAGGAGCAAGCAGGAAUCCCUAUUGAUAAAGUAUUGGGUUGUAGUACAUGUGUGAACUGCACAGCCUCUGUCUUUCCCUCCCCAGCCUCAGCUCUGGUGAAAAUGAAUGCAAGCCGUUAAAAGAGAAGCCAGGCGAGGCUGGUGAGUUAGCCGUAGCCAUUUUGGAUGUGCGUUCUCUCCAUUCCUGUCGUGCUCCUGUCCCACGGGCCCGGCGGUCAGGUGCUCAGACUCUUAACCUCGCCCCCCCCCCUCACUCCAGCAGCCCUGGACAGAAGCCCUGCCCCCCCCCCCCACCACACACAAGCGCACACGUACACCAGCGUCCUCCUCUCCCUCGUGAUCGUGUGUACAUGCAGUUCAGGGUUUGUCCCCCCCCACCCUCCCCCCCCCUUGCCCGCUCACUCCACGCUCCCCCCCCCGCCCCAGGCUCUGUGCCAGUGUACGCGACCGCUUGUUCCUGUAAGCAAUAAUGAACCUUUAUGAGCCGUGUGCGGGGAAGCCUCUCUCCGUGGGUUUGUCUUUGCCCAGAGCGGGACGCGGGGCCGGCGCGGCAGAUCGAUACCCCCCCCCUUACCGCCAUCCCCCACCCCCUUUUUUUGGCGCGCUCUCUCUCCCGUCUCCCAGCCUGGAACGAGCUAGCGGGAAGCGCUAAACGCGCCCCGGCUGGAGCGUUUCGGCGGAUGAUGAGGUGAGAAAGCGCUCCGGUUCGGCGCCCUGGCGCCGCGCCCCCCCCACCCCCCUCUGAAGGCAAACCCACGGCCAGCUGUUCCUCAGCCUGCAGGUUAGGUAACCGGUAAUCGUUUCUGUACCCGUAUCCUCCGUGUUCUCGUAGUAUACAUAUAAUGUAUAUCUUAUCUGGUGACUAUUAUCAUGUAUAAAGAUUAGAAGAAGU